AUGGCUUCGAGAACCGCCAUGUCCUCCCCCGUGCUCCUCCUCGCGCUGCUGCUCUCGUGCAUCUUCAUGAGCAGCGCAGCGCGGAGGCUGGAGGAGGCGGCGCCCAAGGAGGAGUUCCCGCCGCACCUGAUUGUGCCGGAGUUGCCAGUGCCAGAGCACGAGUUGCCGCCGAAGCCAGAGCUACCUCCGUUCCUGGAGGAGCACCUGCCAGAGAAGACAAUACCACGCCACUGCCUUCCGAUCCUUGCCAUCCCACGAACCAAACUCCUGCUCUCGAUCCGAAGACAUCCAACGAAAGAAUCACGCACGCACGCACGCACCAUCUCCGACAUGGUUUCCAAGAGCGCCAAGACCCUCGUCCUCCUUGCGGCGCUGCUGCUCGCGUGCGCCGGCACGAGCAGCGCGUCCAGAAACCUCGAGGAGGCGGCGCCCGAGGGGGACGAGCACCCGGCCGUGCCGGAGCUGCCUGUGCCAGAGCACGAGCUGCCGCCGUUGCCCAAGGUCGAGCUGCCGCCGAAGCCGGAGCUGCCACCGUUCCCGGAAGUGCACCUGCCGCCGUUCCCGAAGGUCGAGCUGCCACCGAAGCCCGAGAUGCCCGGCGUCCCCGAGUUCUACUUUCCGGAGCCCGAGGUCAAGCCAUGAUCUGGAUUACAUCCACAUGAUCCAACUGUGUGCUGCCCUGCCGUGUUAGGCUGGGCAUGUGGAUAGUUUUCACUUUUCAGAGCGUGCUGCCGAUCGAAUUCGGUGUUCUUGUGCUGUGUCAUGUGUGAAUGGUGUCGUCGUGACUCGUGAGUACUGCUGAGUAAUGUCGUGAUGGCUAUAUACGCAGGCGUAUGUAUGUACACAUGAAUACACGAUGCGUACUGCUCUU